AUGUCGAGCGCAGCCGAGUUGAAGUCGCUAGUCAAAGCCCUGCAUGGCACCUCGAAUGACGAGGAGACUAUCACCAUCCUGAAGACGCUGAAGGAGGAGGCGAAGAUCACCGAGGCCACUCUCAGGGAGAGCAAAGUCGGGUUGGCCGUCGGAAAACUGCGUUCGCAUUCCACGAAGGACGUCUCUGAUCUUGCGAAGGAAAUUGUCAAGAAAUGGAAGACCGAGGUCGAGCGGGAAAAACAAAGCAGUGGAAGUAGCGGCAAAGCUGUUGCCAAUGGCAAGCCAUCCGCUAUGAGAAAAAGUUCCACGGCUUCGAGUACGGCUUCUGGAGCAAGCUCAGCAACGAUAUCUGCGGCACCAUCCACACCCAUGACGCCAACAGCCACUAGCGCAAGUGGAAAAGGCGAUCUCCGCACGUCCAAAACAGACGGCGUGAAGACUGCUGUUACUGGUGAUAAGACGCGAGACAAAUGCAUAGAGCUAUUGUAUGAUGCUCUUGCAUCGGAUUCUGGCGCUCCAAGCGAGCUUAUCAUGUCCCGUGCCAAGGGCAUCGAGCAUACCGUCCUUGGAGAGUUCAACGGUACAACGGCAGCCUAUAAGAGCAAGAUCCGGUCGUUCUACGUCAAUCUCAAGGACAAGAACAAUCCUGGCCUGCGAGAGAGCAUUGUCAGUGGCGACCUGCCCGUGCAGAGAUUCUGUAAAAUGACCAGCCAGGAAAUGGCAUCAGAAGAACGAAAGGCAGCAGACAGUAAAAUCAUGGAAGAGAACCUGUUCAAAGCGCUUGGAGCCGAGGAAGUGCAAGCAGAGACAGACGCAUUCCAGUGUGGCCGCUGCAAGCAGAGGAAAUGCCGAUACCGCCAAGCGCAGACCCGGAGUGCUGAUGAACCGAUGACUACGUUUGUGACUUGUACUGUGUGUAACAACAGAUGGAAAUUCUCUUAG